ACCAGAUGCAACCCCAUCACCGCCUCAAAUUCUUCCUCCUCCUCCUCCUCCUCCUCUAAGGGAGAACUUCCUAAUCUUCGCGGCGGCCGCCGCCUCCUCGGAUACCGCGCUACGCCUGUUGCCCGACGAUUUGCCUCUCUACUGGAACAGGAUGCUGAAGUUUCUGUCGAAGGUGCGGGUGGAGUACAACGCUCUGGACCCGCGGAAGGCGGCGUGCGUCGAGAUCUUGGCGCAGUGCAAUGCCCGUAAGGCUAAGGAAUCCAACCCCUCCUGCCAGGUUGAGCUGCAGCGCCGCACCGACGACAGCCCCCCGCGGAUCGCUGUGACCUACGUCAAUGGCGUCGAGGAGAUCAUAGAUGCCGCCGGUGUCCCCGCACAGGCCAUCCGCCAGCGCAUCUUCGACCGCGGCCAGCUCCUCGAGACCGAACAGAUGUUCCGCGAAGCUGGCGAGCCGUGGCCCGUACUCAUCCCCGAGGAGGAGAUCCACCAAUCCUUCCCCGGUACUAAGCCAAAGAAAGCUGAGGAACAGAAGCUGUGACAAGGACACUGGAUCCAGCUUUUUCUUGAGAUCUUCAUUUUCUUUAGAUCUUUCAUGUCAGACUUGAUGUUUUAUGCCUGUUUGAGUUUCUGACUUGAUAGCAUUUGUACGAGUGUGUUGUCCUAAUUUCGACAUUUGGGCUCAGUUUUUGAUGUGGUGUCCUUUAUGUAUGGUUAGACAGAUGACUUGUUUGUGAUCUAAUAAAUAAUCCACAUAGGU